AUGAAACUCCCCAGUGCCCUCAGCCUCCUUUUCCUUCAAGCUGCCUUGCUUGUAGCUGCAUCCGAAGAAGAAGACAAUGUCCAGACGAAAUCUAAUCUUCGCAAGCUUCAGGGGCCACCUCCAACUGGUGGUUUCCCACCAUUCCCCAAUGGUGGUUCCGGAGGACAAGGACCUCCAAAUGGUGGCAUGGUCAACCCCUUUGGACCGCCGGGUGGUGGUGGGUCCAGGCUUGACCUACCAAGUCCUCCGGAAAUCAUGCAAAAUUUGACCAAGAUUGACGCAUUGCUUACUACUGCAGCGGACGCCGACACGUUGGAAGACGCCCAAGAUGCCAUUGAUAGUGCCCAAUCAGAGAUGAGUGUGUUGAUGGCCUCGAUGGCCAAAUUUCCUGACGGACCACCAGGUGGAGGUCCACCUCCAUUUGGACGAGGUCCACCUCCAUUUGGAGGAGGUGGAAAUGGAGGUGGAAAUGGAGGUGGAGGUGGAGGUAGAAAUGGCGGUCCAUUUGGUAGAUUUGGAAGGAGUGGCGACAGCAGCGACGAUAGUGAUGAUAGUGAUGAUGGAAGCAAAGAUUAA